UGCAGCUGCAAUCAACAGAGAUCCAGCAAGAGCAGCGGAAAUCAACACUAUCAGAGACACGGCUUGUGAACUAACGUGUCCAUCCAGUUCUGUAAUCACAAAGAAGUAAAUGCAUCAGUUUGAUCUGAAACAAAAGACAGAGAUCAGAUGGGAUUGCGUUUCUUAUUAUGGCAGGAGUAUGUGUUGGAGUUGAGCUGGUCAUUGCAGGUGUAACAGGUGUGUUUGGUGUUGAAGAAAUUACAAUGUCUGUGAGAGAAGAAGAUGUUGUCACUCUACACACUGGUGUCAAGACAAAUCAUCGAGACCGAAUUAGAUGGUAUUAUAAAGACAUUCGCAUCGCUCAGAUCACUGGAGAUCUCAUUAAGACCUGUAAAGACAUUCAGUGUAAAGAGAGAUUCAGAGACAGACUGAAGCUGGACAAUCAGACUGGAUCUCUGACCAUCAUGAACAUCAGAACCACAGACUCUGGAGAAUAUAAACUGAAGAUUUUAGGCAACCCCAGCAGUGAAAAGAUCUUCAAUGUUGCUGUUCAUGAUUUUGAAAAGAAGACCGUAACCGCGAAGGAGAGCGAAACCGUCACUUUAUGUCCUGUUUUAGUACACAACCCAGAUGAUUUCAUGACGUGGUAUUUAAAUGACACUCUCAUCGCUGAAAUCAGUGUACUUCCUGAUAAGAUCUGUACAGAUCUUCAGUGUAAAGAUAGUACUGAGAGAUUCAGAGACAGACUGAAGCUGGAUCAUCAGACUGGAUCUCUGAUCAUCACAGACACCAGAACCACAGACUCUGGAGAAUAUAAACUACAGAUCAUCAGCAGCAGUUUCAGCAUCAUAAAGAGAUUCAGUGUUACUGUCACUGGUUCACAUGUAGAAACUCAGGGUCUGCUUUUAGCUGACAUAAUAGCUGUAUUUGUUGGAGCAAUCCUGCUUUCGCUGGCCGUGGCUGCUGUUGUUGGUGUGAUUUACUCUUUCUGCAGGAGCCAUAAACUUAAAAGACAGAACUUGAAAACACUGCCAGUGAUGGAGGGAGAUUCGGUUACUCUAAACAGUGAUGUUGCUGAGCUACAGAAAACAGAUCAGGUGUGCUGGCUGUUUGGAGAUGAAAACACUCUCAUUGCUCAAAUCAAAAGAGAGACUAAAGAGAUCCUUACACAUGACGAUGGUCCUGAUGAGAGAUUCAGAGACAGACUGAAGCUGGAUCAUCAGACUGGAUCUCUGACCAUCACAAACACCAGAACCACUGACUCUGGAAAAUAUAAACUGCAGAUCAUCAGCAGUAACAGCAUGAGUGAAAAGAUCUUUAGUUUCACUGUCCAUGAUGUUCCUGAUGCCGAGACGGAUAAAAUGAAGACUAAGAGAGUGAACGAGGGAGAUUCUGUCACUUUAGAUUCCGGUGUAAUAAAAAACCCAAAGGAUUUGAUUAUGUGGUAUUAUAAUGACACUCAUAUAUCUGAAAUCGCUAGAGAUCCCAGUAAGAUCUGUACAGGCGAUGAGUGUGAAGAUGCUGACGGGAGAUUCAGAGACAGACUGAAACUGAACAAUCAGACUGGAUCUCUGACCAUCACAGACACCAGAACCACAGACUCUGGAGAUUAUCAUCUUGAGAUCAUCACCAACAGCAGCAGCAUCUGCCGGCAGUACAGCAUUGACAUUAUCAGUGAAAAGAGCUUAAGUGGAACUGGCUCUAAUGGGAUUGUGUUUUUUCUUGCUAUGGCAGGAGCAUGUCUUGGUGUUCUGCUGGUGGUUGCAGGUGUAACAGGAGAGUGUCGCAGAAAGCUUGCCAGUGUAAAGAGUUUCUUCUAUCCAAAGACAAAUCAAACAGCUGUCCUGUAACUGCUUAUUAAUCAUCUUAUAAUCUACAGUGAAAAGCCAUAAAGUGACAUUUCCAAUACUCCUUGUGACACUUCACUAUAUAUACAGCAUAUUCCUACAUAUUAGCUAUGUGCUGUACAUGUUUUAUGUUACAUCUUAUGUUGUUAAAUGAAUGUUUACUGCAUUAGAGUGUCGUGUGUGUUCCCAUGAUGGUGAUUUCUGUUUGUGUAUGUAUAGCACUGUGCACUUUAUGUAUUUUUUAUAUGUAUUAAGGUUGUGGAAAAGCUAACCGUGAUGAACUGGUGGAUGGUGGAUGUCAGUAUUUGUUAAAAAUACCAAAUGGAUGUUAAUAACAGCGUGUCCUUGUUAAUUAAGCUUCUGGAGGGAUUAUUUUAUUAUUAUUAUUAUUUAAUCUAAGUUAAAAUAUACGGUCACACUUUAUUUUAGGGUCCAAUUCACACUAUUAACUAACCAUUAAGUAUAACUUUUGCCACAAUUAAUUCCUCAUUUGAUGCUUACUUAUAGUUUAUAAGGUAGUUGUUAAGUUUAGGGAAUUGGGUAGGAUUAUGGAUGUCAUGCAUUAUAUGUACUUUAUAAGCACUAAUAAACAGCUAAUAUGUUAAUAAUAGACAUGCUAAUAAGCAGCUAGUUAUCAGUGUGAAUUGGACCCUAUACUAAAGUGUUACCAAAUAUACAAUUUUCUCUGUAAAUGUGUUGACAGAUUAAACUGCCAACCGUAGUAGUUUUUUUUUUUUUUUUUUUUUUUUUUACAGUGCAUACAAUUCUGUCAAUCAUUUAGCUUCAUGUGUAAUAUGUGUUAUGACUUGUAAUGUGCAUUAAAAAUGGGUCUGAGUGCAAUCAACUGAAACAAGUAUAGGCUAAAUUUGCAUUUAUAAUUUCAUAUGGAUAUUGUGAACUAUGUAGCAUACUGUUUGUAAUAUAUACAUAUUAUAUAUAUUUUUUUCAUAUUAACAUACUUAUUUGCUCUUCAUUUCUGUUUAAUUGUAAACCUCAAAUAAAACAUUUUCUUAAUAAA